GGGGGGAACAUCCCACACGCCUAGAGAGACACACAGGAUCGGUGGAUUUCGUUCAACGUGUGCGCUGGAUCAAGCCAAAUUUGGCCAGAUUUCGAAACAGCUCGCUGCAUUCUUCAUUGCAUCAUGUUCCGUUGCCUCCGCCCAGCUUCCUUGAACAUGGCGUUGAUUCCUGGGAUGCACCUGUCGACGGCCAAGAGCCUCGACCGCCUAAGGGCGAGGAGCAACAAGAACUCAUCGAAAGACUGGGCCAGGCUGGUCAGCGCAUCGACGACGGCCACUUGCGAAGGCUUCGGGUCCAUGAUGGUUGACUUCCGUGGGUCGGUUUGUGACGAGGACCUCGAUUCUAAAUCGUCGGAUGAUGACGAGGCCCUGGAGCUCGAUGGGUCGGAUGAAGACGAGGCCCUCGAGCCCAACGCGGUGGACCGCUGCGAUACCUCGCCGCUCGACAGCAUGCUGUGGAGGACGCGGCGCGGCUCCGCCACCCUGCGGGAGGCGACCCACGGCCUCGCCUUCGGGCAGGGGGCGACCGAGGCCUGGGAUCCUGGCGCGGUGGACCGCUGCGGGCCCGACUCGCCACUCGGGGAGAUGCUGCUGACGGUGAAGCGCCGGAGCGCUUUCGCCUGCGGCUUCGGGCCUCUGCGUGAGACGCGCGCGCCGGAUUCGCCAUUCUGCGGCGUGUGCAGCCGCGGGCGCGUCGCGGGACCAUCCUUGUCUGAGGCGUCGGGCCUCUCGCCGUGAGCGCGCCCGCGUUCCUCGUGGGCCACGCGGCACUUCGGGGUCCGCACCUGCUGAGUCUACGGCAACUGGCGACUGGCGAACAUGCUUCUCGCCAGUUCCCGGAUCGGAGGCUUCUGCUUCGUUGGAACGGAUCUGUCUUGUGCCAACCGCGCACGGGCAGCACUCUUUUUGAAGGGCCGGCCGAAAGGGCCAUUGGCGAGGCAGCCUGCGGCGGGCUGGGCGGGCGGCGGCGCCUGCGUUUCCCAGCGCCAUGUUGUACGGCCGUCAGCGUUUGAAGUUUUAGACGUUUCGCGUAACCCCACCAGCCAUCCCGACUUCUGGCGCCUUCGACGGGCCUGCAUCUUUGCACGCUGGCAGUUCCACUGAGUUUCAGUUUCUCCUGCCACCCACCUUCCGCUGGGCCGCUGCGUGAGGCCUCGGCUUGCCGCGUUAGCUGUAGCCUUGCACGCCGCCUCUGCCUAAUUAGUCUCUGCGUAGCCCGCUUUGACCUGACUCGCCGCUGGCGCGCUCGCCCGCGGCCGCUGACUAAAAAAGUGGUUGCUCACGCCCUAAAGGGCUGGUGGGAUUUCUUUCUCGGGAAAUUCCGCCUCCCCACCCGACGUUCCUCGCCCAGCUUUGGUACUUCGCUCUUCCCUUUUGCUCUCAUCCUCGUCCUCCGUUUCACUCGGGCAAGUGACGAUUAGUCGCCUAGAGGGCGAGUUCGAUCAGGGAUGGACGCCCCGAUCGGGGGUGAUUUUUAAUGGCUGCAGCAGCGUUCGGUGCUUGUCCAUCGGGGGACUAGGCCGCCUCAACCGAAGGUCCUCGCCCAGCUUCGCUCAUCAUUCUCGUCCUCUUCCCCAUUCCUUGUCAUUUCCAGUCGUAUCUAUGCGCCCUGAGCGUUGCUUUUGCAGGUGCCAGGUGGGCCAGGGAGGGGCACUGUAGGGCCGCCCCGCAUGCGGUCUCAAGCUCGAGCACCUCGAUCAAUUCUACUCUGCGCGUCUGAAGGGCGGCUUUUGUGCUGCUGGCUCUCAGGCUUGUGAACUGUCGCCGGGCGAAUGCCGCGCGUGGGGAUCCUGUCUCGCUUGGUGCAGGGUGCCCUAUGGGACACCACGAGGGUUGCACCUGCUGUGUCUGACCGCGGCGCGAACCUGCGUCCAAGUUUCUGUCGGCAGCUCCCAGCUCGGAGGCUCGUUAUUCCCCCUCAGGGAUGCUUCUUGGGUGGGUGUCCGGGUUCUGAAGAGCCCCUUGAGAGCCACAAGCCGUUGACCUCGCGGAGCUGCAUGAGUCUUGAGGCACUCCACUGCGUGCCGAGGGCACGGUGGCGCAUGUGCGCGAGUGCCGAUUUCUUGCGCGACAUUGCGAUGCGCGUGUGCGCUUUCGGAGUUCGUGCAGGGCUCGAUGCCCUGACCAGGGGUACGUAUUGCCGCUCUUGACGGCAUUCGGUAGUUAUCUAUCGGGAGUUUUGGCCGCCCCACCCGAAGGUCCUCGCCCAGCUUCGCUCAUCAUCCUCGCUCGCUUCUUCAUUAU